AUGCCGACCAGCCCCUCGUCUUCCUCGUCCAGCUCCCGCCUCACAGUCCCCAUCUCCCCAAGUUUCAGCACAGACUCGACCACCAACGCCCCCCACUCGGACCUCGAAACAUCCGACGACGAGCCGGAUCUAGGCGCCUUCCAUGUCGUCCUGCGCGCACUCACCGAUCUCCAACCCUACCACCACCACCGCAUCCUCCUCGGUGCACACUCGAGUUCCAGCAGCAACAUCAGCACCGCACCUGGCAGCGGCAGCGAGUCACGAUCCUCCAGGUUCAGUUCAAACCACGACGUGGACAGCGACCGCUCCUCUCCUCAAUCCCAAUCUCCGUCCGAGUCGUCGAGUGUAGUCAUCGUCCCCUCACACAUCUCGUCCUACCGCCCCAGCUCGUCCAUCUCGUCAUUCACACACCCAGGUCUCAGCAGCGCCACAGUCGAUUCAUCUUCCCGACCCGACGGAGAUAACCAAAUUCCAGUUGGAGUCGAUCCACGACCGUCCACAGUCUGGGAGAACCAGCCAAUAUGGCGCUACCUCGCUAACAACCCUUCCAACAUAUCCAAUUCUCAUUCUCGCCCCGGCAGUGACUCACCACUCUCAAACACGAGUCACUCGAGGCGAUCAAACUCGCCCGACGACGACGCCUCCCGCACAGUCGAAAUCUCCUCAGACCUCGAGCUCGACAACACAAACACCGACACUGACAACGAUAACCCGAAUCUAAAUCUGCCCACCCGCGAAGGCAAUAUCUCCAUCUCCAUCGACACCGCCUCGCACUCUGGUUAUCGCCAGUCACCAGGUGUCUAUCCGUUGCAAUCCUUGGAUAGCCAUCAUCAUCACCCCGCAGACGUUUCCUUCUCAGAAAUAACUAUACCGCUCUAUUCACCUGCCUCUGCUCCCAACGACAUAUUAGUGCCCUCGAACGACCGAGACGACAUCUCCACCUCCACAAUCCGGCGCGCACAAUCUCAUUCACCUCGAGACCUACUUCCAUCCAACCGGCCCUCCCCAUCCUCCAAGUCCUCAUCUUCCCUAUUCCCAAUCCACGAAAUGUCAUCCAGGUCCACCGCUAUGAACAGUGAGGUUUACACCGGGAGGAGUAGUGCUGGUAGUGGUCAUAGAAUCACCAACGGCGGAACAGCCGAGGACGCCCUCCGCUCCCUCCUCCAAUCCGCCUCAGCCUCCCGAUCUUCCUCUUCCUCCAUCCCAGCCUCAGCUCCACCUCCACCAACCUCCCACCCACCUUCUUCCCUCUCCUCCCACUCAUCUUCCUCAUCCGAAUCACACACCUCCGGUUCAGGCACCGGCUCAAGAUCCUCCUCACCUUCACUAAUAACCCAACCACCCGACACAACGCCUCUCUCCGCUACAUCCGAAGUAAUCCUACCGCUCGCGUUACCGGUGUACGGCCCGCAUCCUGAACCGCGACUUGCGUAUGGCACUGGUCAUCCUCAGCAUCUAUCUAAUCAACCUACGUACAGUCCACAUCCACACCCCCAACCGCAAUCUCAACCUCAGACCGUCUACGGCCCCACCCUCCACACAUCCGUAUACACUUCCCGUAUCGGCUAUACUCCUCCAUCGUACGACCCUCCCUCGAUCUAUAAUCCCCAGCCCAAAGGAUACGGUCCUACAUACGACUAUGACCCCCCACCGCCCUCUUCGACAUCAUACCCAAAUUAUCCAACACAAUCUUCAAUCUACCCGCACAGCGACCGCGAGCUAACCAGAACCCCCGAAUCACUUCGCAGACCCGAAUCAGAGCCUCCCUCCCCAUCCAACACCCCCACCUCAACGUCAGGCUCCGAGGCUUUCCCCUACGAGGGUGCGUUGGCCGGGAACACGCGAAACGGGUUGCGUUAUGCGCGUUCAGGUGUAGCUGGAGCCAACAGUGUUGGUGUAGGAGGAAACGUCGGUGGAGGAGGAAAUGUCGGUGCCCUAAUAAGUGUCAGUGCAGGCAGGCACACCGAUCGUCCUACCACAACAACAGGGUACAACCCCUCCUCCUACAACGACAACAACAACGAAGAGGAAGAGGAGGAGGAAUGGGACGCGCGCACACCCACACGCCGUAAAUCAGGCGACACACUCACCAACGCGCAUACGCAUACGUCUUCAGGGUACGCGAUGGGUUCUCACCUUACUCCCAGCGGACACGUACACGUCCAUACUCCGGGGGGUCUUACACCCAGCCGCGUUCACAACGGCGGCAAACAAGGUCCAGCUGCCAGUGGUGGUGGUACUGGCCGUCUGACCCCAACCCAUACCUACUCCAGUCUUGCCUCCAGCACCGCAACCGCAACGUACACCAACAUCAACCCCAACGGAAGCACCGCAGCCUACACCAAUGCCAACGGAAGCACCAUCUCCCCAGGCACCGGUACGUCAGGUACCUCACCAUACGUCACCCGCCCAAGCCGUAGUACAACCGGGCGUAGUACAUCGACGAGCCACCCGCACACCCUGCUCGGUCUGCACUCCCUACCUCCCACAUUGUCCUAUCGGAGCCCGUAUCCCUUGGGUUCUUCUGGUCAUGUUCAUCCUCCUGGCGCUGGGUAUGGGAACAAGGAUUCCAAUUCCUCUGGGUCGUAUUACAAAGCGCCGUAUACCGCUAACACCGACGGAGCGUCGUACAAGGACACCAAUUCCACCUCGAGUUCAUCGUACACCUAUCCCAGGUCUAACGACCCACCAUCCACAUCCACAUCCACAUACGCCUACGCCUACCCUACCCACUCGAGCAACUUGACCAACCAUCAAGAAGCAGCAGCAGAAGCAGAGCACCCAACACUCGGCCUCCUCGACGAAGCACUGAGCUUCAUCGCAGCUGAACGCGCGCGGUUCGAGGCUGCCAAGAAGUGUGCUUCCACUACUAGUACUAGCAGUACUGCUGCUGCUACGACGACAACAACUACUCCGGAUACAUCGGAUUCAGAUAUCACCGACCGACGACACCGACACCGACAGCAGGCGCAGAAAAUUCGAGGAUCGCAGGGGGAGGGAAGUGAGGUAGGAGCGGACGGAGGAGUAGUAGGCGAGGUGAGAGGAGGAGCAGUAGAGGGAGGAGCACUAGGUGAAGGGGUAGGAGGAGGAGGAGGAGUGGAAGCGAAACCUCCCACGAAGAAACGUAGACGUAAACGCCCUACUGCUCCUACUGCUGCUGGUAAGGCCGAUGGGGAAGGUCAACCUGCGGGCGACGUAGAUCCCGAGGGAGCAGGACAAGACGUGGUAAAAGGAGUAGUAGCAGAACGAGGCCGUACACGACAUCAACUAGAACGACAACAAGGCCCAACCCAACUCUCCAAAUCCUCAUCGACGAGUACGAUCCGAGGCGUCUUCCUCGUUCCACCCUCUUCUGUUUCUUCUCAAGCGAAAGGAGAGUUGGGGCAUGUCACUACAACUGACGACGACGAUGACGCCGAGGGAGAUGAGGUCGAAGAAGAAGACGAGGUGGAUGAACAGGAGGAGGAGGAUAGAAGUACCUCAACGAAGACUAGUACUCCCAAAUCCAAAUCAUCGAAGAAGGUCAAAUCCACAGGCAAGUCGAAGCCUGAAAAACCUCCCAAACCCACCAAGUUCAGCCCUGGUUCAAUAACCAUCCUCACCCGUCCAACUACCUCAACUUCGACGCUCUCAACCGGCCAGACCAAAGGCGUCCCAACGUCCGCCGUCUCGGAUGUUAACGCUACAUCUUCGGGUGUUGCGACGUCCAGCAGACUCGGGUCUGGGGCUGAUUCGUUGGGUGUUUUGGCCACGUCGCUUUCGCUCGUCACUAGAGGUCUUUCCAGCACCGGUGGUGAAGGCUCCAAGGAUGCCGACAUCAUCAGAAGCGAGGAGGGUGUGAUCCCGUCAUUCCACAACAACUACGACGACGACAACGUUCCAGGCAAGGAACACCAACUUGGAGAAGACGACCCCCUCCCGCCGAUAAAUCUCACGGGGAAGAAGGGUAAACGCGUGGGUAGACGGGAGAGGGAGAGGGAGAAAGCGAGGCGGGAUGCUGAGCGAUUGCUAGCCCUUUCUUCGGAGAUUUCAGGAGAGGCUCCUGGCGGUGCAGACUCGCCGCACUACGACGAUACGUCUCAUAAUGAGUACUCAUCCCAAUCACACGGAACGACGGAAGAUUCGUCGCACGACGAGUCGUACGACUCGACCUCUUCUUCCUCUCUACCCGGGAACUCCCUGCUCCAACCUCCACCAUCGCUACGGAGUGGGUCCAGAACGCCGCGGUUGAAGACGCAGGGGUCGGUGGGGACCAUUCGGGGUGUGUAUACCGGCGUUGAGGGGUUGUUCGUUAGCGAGGGCCAGUCCUUUGUGAAUGAAGACGAGGAUAUUAUCAAGGAUGGCGACGAGGUGAAGAGCGCGAAGGCGAAGAAGAAAGCCAAGACGAAAGAGAAGGAGAAGGUUUCAAGCACCGCGGAAGCAGACAGCGCUGAAGUGCCCAAGGCCAAGAAAGACAAGAAAGAUAAGAAAGUCAGAGUCUCCAAAGACAACAAGGAUAAGGAUAAAGAGAAGACCAAGGACGUUUCUGAACCCACCUCUUCCAAGAAACGCUCCAAACGGUCCAAAUCCCUCAUCCUGCACCACGCCAAAUCCUACCCUAACAUCCGACUCGAAGCCCAACUCGACGGAACAUCGUACGGUUACCGUUCGGGAUCCAAAUACAACGCCAUCGAACGCGGUAAAUCCUUCGAAUACGAAGACCUCACUCACUCGUCAUACGAAGACGUCUUGGACCAAUCCAAGCGCUCGCGUCUUCUUCGACUCGCACGACAACUCCUCCUCGCCUUUCCCGAGCAGAAGAGGGAUCUGAAUAAAGUGAUUGGGAGGUUGGAGGCGGGUUAUGCUGGGGAGGGUCAGGCUGCCGUUGGGGGAGGCGUGGUGAGGGGCGAGACUGCGCCGAUCAAAGGGCCGUCCAAGAAGGGGCAUGUUCGCUCGUCUUCUGCGUCUGCUACUACUUCAGGUGGUGGUGGUGUAUCAGUGCCAGCCCUCGAAUUUGAGGAAGAACCGCAGGACCCUGCCGAGUUUGAUAUACUUGGUGCGGCGCAUACGCCUGGUGCGAGUAUUGUGCAUGUUUUCAUUGACCACUCCAACAUCCUAAUCGGCCUACUCAACUUCCUCAAGCGCCAUCCGCCUCCUCAGCAUAUCGUCGAGGAGUACCUUGCAUCGCAUACGAAUUGGAAUACGGCGAAGCAGUAUGCUUCAGGCUUAGGUUCUGGGUCUAUGGCACAUGCCAAUGCGGCCCUGUCGAGUAGCAGUUCCGCGGGAUCGAGUAACGAAGCACCCGCGUCAUCGUCCUCUAAAUCCAAGUCGAAAGGAAAGUCAGCAAGUGCGACUGUGACUGCGUUAAAACCGAGUUCGAAGCCAAUCUCCAUCCCCUCAGCAUCCGCCAAACACGACGAGGAAGGGGAUGAACGAGAGGGCGGGAUACCACUCGUCGUCGAGUCGCCGACUGACGCGUUUCCUAUCGCGCUGCCCUCGUGGGUCACCGCUGCGUUCGGUCAGAGUACCGGUGGGACGAAUGCGCCUGCUGCGACGUCCAAGAAGAAAAAGAAGAAAUCCGACCCGAGAACCGGCACGACUUCGCUCUCAAAGUCACUACCCAAUACUUCGUAUAUGGGUUUAGCACGGGGUGCACUCUCUGACUCUGAUAACCAAGCGUCUUCCGAUCCUUCCAAGGAACAUAGUCACGGUGGAGCCGCGACAGUUGCGGCUAUUCCACCGAGGAAACCAAAGUUUCCUCGACACCUCUGGCAUGCAGCUUUAGCGCUCAUCCUGGAGCGCGGCAGGCCUGUUUCUCGUCGCGUAGUCGUCACUUCGAGUCCUUUGUACCAACCGAUGGACAAGAUCCAAGCACUAGGGUAUGAAGUGAGGGUGUACAUCCGGGUUCCUGAUCUAGGCGACGGAAUGGACAGAAGGGAAAAAGAAUCCAAGUACGGUCACGGACACGGCUACACGGGUAAACCCAACGUCUCGUUCGGGCCUUCGAGUCCAUCUAGCAGCACGACGACGACGGCGUCUGGUGCCAGUACAGCCGUGGCCACCACCCACCGGAACAGCCACACUCGGCGUAUCUCUUCUUCGUCCCUAUCCGAUGCCGCCUCUGGAUCCCCUAGCAAGAAAGACCUCACUUCAUCAUCAUCAACUUCAUCCGUCCCACACGCGAAUGUCGAUGGGGGUUCGGGAGGAGGCACACCUGCUGGUGGGGGCAGUACAGCGGCUACAACGACACCGGCGAGGAUCAGGUACCGCGAGCAAGGCGUGGACGAGUUGCUCCAGCUCAAGUUGCACCAGGCGCUUGCGGAUGUGGAUAAAGUACCCAAGGGGUCGACGAUUGUGCUGGCCACUGGGGAUGGGAAUGUGGGGCAGUUUAGUGAGGACGGGUUUAUAGGUCCGGUUAGAACGGCGCUUAAACGGGGCUGGAAAGUCGAGUUGUAUGCUUGGGAGGAUGGUUUGAGUAAAGUAUGGCGCCGCGAAUUUGGGCCGAACAGUGAAUGGGGCAAGAAAGGGCUUUUCAAAGUUCUCCCCCUGGAACCGUUCGCGACUAGUCUUGUCGAGGCUGCUGGGUGGUAG